AUGGUAGGCCAAGCCGGUGGUUAUGUCAAUGUCGAGUUCACAAAGAAGGACCUCGAUAACCACAUUCAAAGAACUCGUCGUGCAAAGCUCAUUGGUGGGGGUUCCAAUGCGGCAAUUAGCUAUGUACUUGGGAAAGUCAAUGUUGACCCCAUGGCCAUGGCAAGGGCCGACUAUCAGUGCUUUGGAAAUGUGCUUGCAUUCGAUACAACCUAUCAGAAGAAUAAGUACAGAAGGCCGUUGGUAAUCUUCUCGGGUUGUAACCAUCACCGCCAAACAUGUAUAUUUGGCUUUGCCUUGGUAGAGGACGAACGAACAGCAACAUAUAUGUGGUUGUUGCAAAACCUUUUAGAAGUCAUGCUGAACAAGUCUCCCAGUGUUGUGGUCAUAGACGGUGAUGAGAGUCUUCUAGAGUUGGUCCAAAAUCUUGAACAUGCUCUUAGGGACUAUAGACACAAUGAAUUGGUUUCUCAAUUUAAGACGGUGAAUGGGGAGCCCAUUCUAACUACUGGGUUAGAAGCAUUGGAGCUUUCUGUUGCAAAUUUUUACACAAGAGAGAUUCUUGGAGAAGUAAAAAAGGAGAUUCAAGGAGUGGUCACAUUAGAUAUAAUAAAUGAGGAAAAAAUAUCAACUACUGUUGUGUUAAAAGUUAAGGAGUGUGAUAGAAGGCAACAUAUAUAUAACGUACUUUAUGAUCGCAAUACUGAGCAUAUGGAGUGUGAAUGUAGUCGGUGGAGUAGUGAAGGCAUUCCUUGCAGCCACAUAUUUUGUGCCAUGAAAAGUGUAGGUUUACAGAAGUUUCCAGAUAGUCUUCUUUUGAAAAGAUGGUCGAAGGAUACCAAAGAGUAUCUGGAUGAAAGUUCCGCUGGAGGCACUCCGCAAGACAGAGAGAGAGAAUUUUUAAUGCGCUAUGGCGCAUUGUCAGUGGUAGCUACGUGGAUGGUAUUCUUAGGAGCUCAAGAUGGUCCUUCUUUCUAUGACACUAUGAAUGAAGUUUGUCGUUGGACCCAAACACUAGAACAAAAAUCUGGCUUGAAAAGACAAACAAGAGAUUCUCCCAUGCCGAACUUUGUUGGUGACCCUUCAGUGGUCAAGACAAAAGGAGCACCCAAGGGGGAAAAAGAGAGAGGUAACCGGAGGUGCACUAAAUGCAACAAUGAUGGUCAUGUAUAG